GUGUGUGAAGCAUGCAACAACUCAACUACUCUAUACAUCACCAUUGUCCUCAGAGUGAGCCACUGUUGUUGCUGUUUAAAAGGUUGGGGGGCAUGAAGACAUUAACCUGCAAGAGGCUGAGAUACAUAGAUAGAUGUAGACAUAGAGAGAGGGAGAGAGAGAGAGAGAGAGAGAGAGAGAGAGCAACAGAGAGAGACCCUCAUCAGCUGUGUCACAAAUGUUGCAUAUGAGUAUUGGAGGGGGGGUUGACUGUGUUGCGAUUAACACGCUUCCUCAGCUGGGUGUUCAUUUCAGUGUGCAGUACGGUAUCUCUCAAGUCUGAACCCUUGGAUGAGGGUCACUUGCCAGAGGAGGAUUUUUUUUUUUUUCUGCCUCCCUGUUUUUUAUACUUCCUUCUUGGGCAGAAGGCUGGUGUAAUAGAAACCAGACACAAGCCAGAAUGUGAGGCAUUCGCAGCGGCGAGACCUCACUUCUUCACACAGUGAGGAAACAGGAUAAAUAGAAAACAGGAUACGUAGAAAAGUCUUGUUUGUCAGUGUUUCUUGGUUGUUGUUGGUUCUUUUCUUUUUUUUUCUUUUUGCAAUUUCGGAAGUUAUCAAUAAGUUGAAAAAUGGCUGGGACAUUGGGAUGGAAGUGGAGUUCCAUGGAUCAGACUGUUGAGGGGAAAUCUAGAGAGGGCAGAGGAGACCUUCAGGAUGGGAAAUGCAUGUACGGCUUUACCAGAUUCUAGUUGAAAAGCUUGUAAGAGCAACAUGAGCUGGAGCUUUCUCACUCGUCUCCUGGAAGAGAUCCACAACCACUCCACCUUCGUGGGGAAAGUGUGGCUGACUGUGCUCAUCAUCUUCCGCAUUGUGCUCACAGCAGUUGGAGGUGAGUCCAUCUACUCGGACGAGCAGACCAAGUUCACCUGCAACACCAAGCAGCCCGGUUGUGACAACGUAUGCUACGAUGCCUUUGCUCCCCUCUCGCACGUCCGUUUCUGGGUCUUCCAGAUCAUCAUGAUCUCCACUCCCUCCAUCAUGUACAUGGGUUAUGCUAUUCACAAGAUAGCCCGAACUUCGGAGGUGGAGCGCAGGAAACAACAGAGGUUCCGCAAGAAGCCACCUCCUCAUUCCAGGUGGAGAGAGAGCCACCAUCUGGAGGAGGUCUUGGAGGAAGAUGAAGAUGACGAUGCAGAGCCCAUGAUCUAUGAGGAUACAAUGGAGGCGCAGGAGGUCAAGCCUGAGCAAGGAAGCAGCACCAGCAAAGACCCGCCAAAACAUGACGGCCGCAAAAGAAUUAUGCAAGAAGGACUGAUGAGAAUCUAUGUUCUUCAGCUCAUGUCACGAGCUAUUUUUGAAAUUGCUUUCCUUGCAGGACAGUAUCUGCUCUAUGGCUUUCGAGUUAAUCCUUCAUAUGUAUGCAGCAGGCUUCCCUGUCCACACAGCGUGGAAUGUUUCAUCUCUAGGCCCACAGAGAAAACAAUCUUCCUCCUCAUAAUGUAUGUGGUAAGCUGUCUUUGUCUGGUGCUAAAUGUGUGCGAGAUGCUCCACUUGGGAAUUGGCACUUUUCGGGAUACGCUUCGCAUGAAGAGGAGCCGGGGCCGGCGGACAUCCUACGGCUACCCGUUCUCUCGCAACAUCCCGGCCUCCCCUCCGGGAUACAACCUAGUGAUGAAGACAGACAAACCGAGCAGGAUCCCCAACAGCCUCAUCACCCACGAGCAGAACAUGGCUAAUGUGGCCCAGGAGCAGCAGUGCACCAGCCCGGAUGAGAACAUCCCCUCUGAUCUGGCGAGCCUGCACCGUCACCUACGGGUUGCCCAGGAGCAGCUCGAUAUGGCCUUUCAAACAUAUCAGACCAAGAACAACCAGCAGACCUCCAGAACCAGUAGUCCUGUAUCUGGGGGCACUAUGGCCGAGCAAAACCGAGUCAAUACAGUCCAAGAGAAACAAGGAGCCAGGCCAAAAUCAGCCACAGAGAAGGCUGCAACCAUUGUAAAAAAUGGAAAGACCUCAGUCUGGAUCUAGAGAUAAAUCUAAUUCCGUACAUUAACAGUAAAAACAUUUAAGACUCCAGGACUGCACUGUGAAACAGCUGGAUGAUGCGUGUGCGAGUAUGAGAUGCGACUCUGGACAAUAGCAACUGAGAAUUUCAAUCACACUGACUGAAGGAGUACAGUUAAGAGUAGGCUUAGUUUUUGGGAAUAAAAAACAAACCACCCAUAAAGAAAUUAUCAAAUCCAGUAUCAUGAAUCUCCUUUGUUACUGUAGUGUGUCAUUUUGUGCUUGCAAUAGCUUUCAGACACGGUUAACAUUUGCUUACUUAGUUAAACAUCUCUAAUUCCAGCUGAAACGUCAAUUAUAUAAACAGAGUGCUUUGAGCUGUUUAUCUGAUCUACCCUUGACUGCUGCUGAACUGGAUUAAUUUGAAGAAAUUUAAAUUUGAAAGUGUGGGAUUGUACCCUACAGCCAAAUUUGAAAAUGCAGUAUAAAGCACUGUACAAAUGCACAAUGAGUCAUUUCUGAAGAAUGGUGAUUGUUGGAAAGAUGCAUGUUUAUUAUUUGGGGAAGUAUUUUUGGAUGUAGUAUGGAUGGGUGUCGCUGGAAGCAGAUUAAAGGUGAAGUAUUUUGAUGAAGGUGAUGAAACAGGGCUGUGUCACUUGUAGGCUUUUCUGGUAAACAUCUGCUUGGUGGGAAGGUCUUCAGUCAUUGCGUGCAAAGCCUUUAUCUAUGUUUUCCAAAGGCUUGCAGUGUCACAUCACAUGAAGGGGAAGAGGUAAGUGAAUAGAAAAUCUGAUUAUUGUCUAAAGUAAAUACUGAUUUUCUGCAAUCUGAAGCAGAUGAUGCAUGCUUUUCAACUGGGAACAUACAGUAUAGACUUACGCUACAGUAGAAUUCCCAUCCUUUGCUAUUCAAUUAGCUUACAUUUAUGUUAUGUUUAGGCAUGUUGUUGAGCAUUUUAGUUUCUCUGUCAUUGAAACAGUAUGUUUCUAAAACUGGUUUCAGAUUAAUAUGUAAUCCUGCCUUCACUGUUGUCAUACUUCGAAGUGCCUCAGACUUUUAAAGACUGUUCUAGUAUUUUAUUCAUGAAGAAAUAAACUUAUUUCAAACCUCUGA